AUGAGUUCGGGGGCCGCUCCGCGACUGCGGGCGCUCCAGCGACACCUGGGCUCCUCGGAGGGCAGAGGCAUGGAGCUGGUCAGCAGCCCGCUGACCACGCAUGUGCUGGACACGGCCUCAGGGCUCCCAGCCCAGGGCCUCUGCCUCCGUCUGUCCAGGCUCGAGGACCAUGGCCAGCAGUGGACGGAGCUGAGAAAAAGCUACACCGACUCGGAUGGCCGCUGCCCGGGGCUCCUGCCACCAGGCCCGAUGAAGGCAGGCACCUACAAGCUGUCCUUUGACACUGAGGGCUACUGGAAGAAGAGGGGGCAGGAGAGCUUCUACCCGUAUGUGGAGGUCGUUUUCACCAUCACCAACGAGACCCACAGGUUCCAUGUGCCCCUGCUGCUGAGCCCGUGGUCCUACACCACGUAUCGAGGAAGCUAGUGGCUGAGCCAUCGCCUCCUCUGGACAACUGCUGGCCU